UCAAAACCUAAUGGCAUACUAGUUUUUGUACAACCCUUGUAAGUUAUUUUUGUUGCGUUACCAUGGGAAUAGAAAUUGGCGCUGUAAACAAACCGAAACCAUGAGUGACGUGUUGGCAAAAUCUGGUAUUUUCUUUGAUGAGGUGGAUAGAAUUUGCAUUCUAGAGCCCGAAGUAUCUAAAUCUACACACGAUUUGAAAGAGGAAUGUCAAAUCUAUACAGAAAAAAUUGAUGAAUUCCAAAAGAUCUCCAACAAAUACAUUAAUCUUGUUCAACAGUUGGGAGACACAAUCGAAAAGGAAAAAAUGAAAGCUAUAGGUGCAAGGAAUAUAUUACAAAGCAUGGAGAAACAAAAAGAAAAUAACCACGAACAACUACAGGCUGUGAUCUCUGAAAAGUCUAUGGAAUUAGAGCGGUUAAAAAUUCAGUUAAAUUCACUUCAAAAAACUGAAAUGGAACAAAAUGAAAUAAUUAAUCAACUUACACGUUGUUAAAAAAUAUGCGUCAAUAAACGUUUAAAUUGUAAUAAUAAUAAAGAAAUAAUUUAAAACAUCGAAAUUUUU